GCGAACAGCUGAUUUACAUUUGCCUGCGUUGAUUUUUGAAGUAUUUUCCGAACAAUUUCACAAUUGUGUUAAAAUAUUUGGUUUACAAAAUAAAAAAUGGAGAAAUUCGUGCGGGACUCGUUGUCCAAAAUACUGGAUUGCGUGGUCACAGACCAAAUGAUGUCGGCAAUCCUAAACAUUAAAGAUGACUAUGAAUUCGACAAUUACUUUGGUAAUUUACUGAGCGAAGACAACGAGGAACACCGCCUAUUCCUGCUCAAUUGCCGCCGAAUGCUUCUCAGUGGCAAGCAGCCCCGAAACAAUGGCAAGAGCAGCAGCAAGCCGCCGACGUCCACAACGCCGGUCAAAGGAGGCGGCAGCAGUAGCAACAGUGGGGUCAAAGCAAAGCCGGGAAAAUUUGUUAAUUUGUAUGCCAACGAUGGAAAAGUCUUGGGCGACACCAUAUUGCUAAAGGGCCGCCGCUCCUGUGAAUGCCAGGCGGCGCAGCACAAGCUGAUCAACAAUUGCAUGGGCUGCGGCCGGAUUGUGUGCGAACAGGAGGGUUCCGGUCCCUGCUUGUUCUGCGGCGAGUCCGUCUUUACAACCGAGGAGAUGAUGCGGCUGGCCAAGGCGGCGCGUGAGGCCAAGCCAAAUGCCAAGCCCGCCACCAAACAGGGCAAGAAAUCCAAGGAUUCAGGUAAGGAUUCAGCAGCCAAAGAAGCUGCUGCCAAGGAAUCCCUCGAUAAGGCACUAGCCCAAAGGGAUCGCCUGCUGGAGUACGACAAGAACAGCGAAAAGAGAACGACGGUCAUUGAUGAUGAGCUUGAUUACUUCCAGGAAAACUCCGUGUGGCUGAGCAAGUUGGAGCGCGAAAAGUUUGAGAAGCUUAAGGGCGAAAUGCACGAAAUGAAGCACGGCAGUCGGUUGAAUCGCAAGAUUCGUGUAGACUUUGCUGGCCGUGAGUUACCAGAGGAUCUGCCCGUUUCCAAGGAGUACGAACAGCAAGUGAUCAAUGAACUGGCGGCUGUAACCAAGGCAGCGGGCGGUGCAACUAACUGGAGCUCUUCCUCCCUUACCGGACACUCGGCUAUGGCUUUGGCGCCCAUUUUGGAUAUGACCAAGCCGCCUGUAUACAAGGCCAGCAAGGAGGCAAAGAGCUGGCCAGCACCGGCAUCGGCCACCGAUGGACUAGAGCAGAUCUACAAUCGAGUGCAGGACAAGGAGCUGCUGGAAAUGCAGGAUAUGCGCCAGUGCCUUUCAAUGCAUCAGCCCUGGGCAUCUCUUCUGGUGGCGGGAAUUAAAAAACAUGAAGGCCGAGUUUGGUAUAGCGAACACCGCGGACGACUGUGGAUUGCUUCCACCUCCAAGGAAGCCCACGCUGAAGAUAUUGCCCAAAUGGAGGAGUUUUAUCGCAUGAUUUAUGAUGAUCCCAAUAUUAACUUUCCCAGUCAUUAUCCCACAGCUAGUCUGUUGGGCUGCGUUCAUGUGGACAGCUGUCUGCCGCAGGAGGAGUACAGGGAGAUAUAUCCCAAUGGGGAAUCGGACAGCCCAUAUGUCUUUGUCUGCUCUAAGCCCGAACAGCUUAAUAUCCUGCUGCCCGUUAAGGGCGAUCACAAAAUAUAUGAACUUCCUUUGAAAACGCACAGUGCUGCCUGUAAAACGCUGCUCAGGGCCAGGGCCAGCAAGGGUUGACAACAAAGCACACCGAAACCAAACACAUUCUAAUUAGUUUUAAGCCAGAAUUGCAUUCAAAAUGCUUAAGUUUUGUGAAUAUAAAUUUGGUUUGGCUUAAGAAAGAAGAGCUAAAAGUAAACUUGAUGAAAUGAA